UAAAUUACUAUCUCGAAAACUCUUAAAUAACAUUAUGGGUAUUAUCCUUCCAUGUCAGAUUCUCUGUCAACUCAAAAAACACUCAUCAGAAGAAUCUGAUCAGUACUCCUCCUCUAAUACUAGUCACCUCCCCUCCGAAUCAUCAACCUCUUCCUCUCUCUCCUCUCAAGCUAGUCUUCCCUCUGUUCCAUCUCUCCACCAACACCAGGAUCAAAGCUUAGCCCACUACUGCAACGUCAUCACGCUCAAACCCUCACCAUCUUGCUCUUCCUAUGUCUCCUCUCUCGCCCUCGCCGGAAAGUUUCUGUACAGUGCUUCCUCCGACGGCAGGGUUCGCCUCUGGACCGUUGACCCAGAUAACAAUAUCUUCACAUGUGACAAAAACAACGAGCUUUCUCCGCCGGAAAACUAUAUUGUCGCCACCUCCAGGAGCUCUGUCAAGUCACUGGUGGUUUCCGGGGAUAAGCUCUUCAGUGCUCAUCAAGACAACAAGGUCCGAGUCUGGAAAGUCAAAGACGUUAAAGGCGACCAAAAACACGACUACAAAUGCAUAGCCACUCUUCCCACCUUAAACGAUCGUUUUUCGACUCUGUUCUUUGCCAAGAACUACGUCCCGGUCCGCCGCAAUAAGAGCAGCACGUGGGUCCAUCACGUGGACGCCGUCUCGGCCCUGGUUUUAUCCCACGACGGCUCGCUUCUCUACUCGGCCUCGUGGGACCGGUCUUUCAAAGUCUGGAGAACCACCGACUUCAAAUGCCUCGAGUCCGUGAGCAACGCUCACGACGACGCCAUUAAUCACAUGGCAUUGUCCCACGACGCCCGCGUGUACACCGGCUCAGGCGAUAGGAAAAUCAAGGUGUGGAAGAGGAAGAAGCUCGACGGUUCAUCACGUAUGAAACACUCGCUGGAAGCCACGUUGGAGAAGCAUAAGUCGGCGGUGAAUGCCCUGGCUCUUAGCUUGGAUGGGUCAGUGUUGUAUUCAGGCGCGUGUGAUCGUUCGAUCCUGGUAUGGGAAAGAUCAGACGGUAGUGAUGAUGGGGGUGAGGAGGGUAGAAGUACUAGUAGUGAGGCCAUGGUUGUGGUGGGUGCGCUAAGAGGACAUACCAAGGCCAUAUUGUGUUUGGUAGUAGUAUCAUCUGAUUUGGUAUGCAGUGGUUCGGCUGAUUACACGGUCAGAGUUUGGAAAAGAUCAAGCCAAUUAAUUGAUAAGAGUUACACCUGUUUGGCCGUCUUGGAAGGUCACAGACGACCAGUCAAAUGUUUGACCGCAUCGAUUGACAAUAAUAGUUCAUGUGUUUCUUCAGAUGGUACUUCUUAUUUGGUUUAUAGUGCAAGUAUGGAUUGUGAGAUUAAGGCUUGGAGAAUAUGGAUUCCUAAUAACAGUUAAUAGUCUUGCGUUAUAUAUUAUUAGAUUAAUUUCAGUUUAAUUUUUACAUAGAGAUUAGAGAGUGAGAAUUUAAUACAAUUUUUUUUUUCCUUUCCUGCUAGAGAUCAUAUGUGAGAUAGUAAGUAUAUUUGUAUACAAUUAAUGAUUGAAUUUCAGACCAACUGUAUAGUAAUGAUAAUGGUUCUUUACUUAAUAAUUAAUACAUGUCUGCCCUCUGGUUUUUCUGUAGCA